AUGCAAGAAAGCAUUUAUAACUUAAUACCAAAAGAGAAAACUCCUCCUAAAAAAGUUUCUAAAUUAUAUAAAUCUACAAUACCUGGAACUAUUGCUCCAACUGGAAGUACAUUUGGAACUCAAUCUUUAAUUAUUCCAGUCACAAAUAUAAAUGGAUCAUAUGUUAUUCAAUAAAAUAGAUAUAGAUCAGAAAGUGGUGUUUUAGGUAAAUCUAAAAAUUGUAAUAAUCAUAUUAAAUUCUAGAAAAAUUAGAACCAAUUAAACAUAGAUAUAUGGGUAAUAAUAGUCUAGAUUUAUGGAUUGAAAAAGGAUCAAUUCAUAGAAGUGUUGAUCAUUAACAUUCUGCUCAUAAACCAUAAAUACCAAAAUUGAAUGAUAAACCAAUUAUGGGAUUAAAAUACAAUAAAAAUUUUAUUGCCACUAAUGCAAUAGAUGUCAUUUUAGCUAGUUAUAUUUUAUUAUAUUUUAUUACUACUUAGAUCCUAAAAGAAAACAAUCAGAACCAGAUUGGACUAAGAAAUCUGUUUAUGGAAAAGUUCCAAUUUAUUUAACUUAAAUCAAAGAUACUCUUAAAGAAUAAUUUUAUGAAAAACAAUAUAGAAAAUAAUUAGAAUAAUAAGAAUAAGAUAAUAAAUUGUAUAUUUUCUAAUUUUUAAUAGAUAAUAAUUGCCAGAAGAGGAGUUGGAAUAAAUAAGACAAGGAUUAAAAAAGAAAUAUGAUGAAUUGAAUUAUUAAUAUUAAUAAUAAACACAUUGUAGAGUAUUUGGAACUAUUGGAGUCAAAAGAAGGAAAGAAAAUUAUGAAAAAGAGUUAAUAUAAUUAGAAUAAGAUAUUGAAAAAUUAAAUAAGAAAUAUGUUUUUAUUUAGCAUUGA